UAGAGUCCCGCUAAUCCGAACUAAUUGGGACCGAACCCUGUUCGGAUUAGCGAAAAUUCGGAUUAGGCGGAGUUUUGUCAUAUAAUGCCAUAUAUUGACUUUAUGAGGCGUAUUAAGCGUCUGAUGUGUCAAGAAUUAAAGGUAAGAAAUUACGUAUUCUAGUACACUGCAAUUUAAACUGCACUGUAGUGUGACUGUGAUCGGAGGUAAAAUCGAUAUGACGGGCGGUAGGUGAGUAGUAGCGGAAGGGCAGUGACCUAGACCCCCCGCCUAGAACUACGCAUUCCUCUUGAUUUCCGUUCCCAAACUAUGAGUCACUGAGUCAGUGUGCCACCUGCUACUGCUGAGUGAUGUGUUUUGUGCAAUGUUAUUGUUCGUGUGCGCGCACUUGCCCUGUGUUUUGUGAGUCCUUGUGAGUGGUGUGUAGUGUGGUUUCUUUACAUUCUGUGCUUGUCCCAGCUGUUAAUCAUCAUGGCAAGCAAACGUAAACAUAAGUCGUGUACAUUAAAAGAAAAACUGGAAGUGUUGAAAAGACUUCACAAAGGUGAAAGUGCCACUCAGUUAUCGAAGGAAUUUGGUGUCGGGAAAGCAACAAUUUCCGAUUGGAAAAAGAACAGAGGUAAAAUUGAGCAGUUUUGCACUACCACAAGUGAAAAAACGAUUGAAAAACGUAGCAAGACGACAGUGUCUUCUUACGAAAAAUUGGACGAAGCACUUUUCUUAUGGUUUACACAAGAAAGACAGAAAGGAAUCCCUAUCACUGGCCCUCUAAUUCAAGAAAAGGCGCUUCAAUUGAACAAGCUCAUGGACGGUGACGUAUCAUUUACGGCUAGUUGUGGUUUCUUAGACCGAUGGAAGAAAAGACACGGAAUCAGGCAGCUUACAAUAACUGGGGAGAAAUUGUCAGCGGACAACAAAGCAGCUGUUGAAUACCUUGAGGAGUUCAAAUGCAUCAUUUCUUCCUACUCGCCCCAGCAAGUUUACAACGCAGAUGAGACAGGACUUAACUUUAAAGCAUUGCCUACCAAAAGUCUUGCAUCACAAGAGGAACGAUCUGCACCAGGGUUUAAAAUGGAUAAACAGCGCCUGACUGUGUUGGCCUGCAGCAAUGCUUCUGCCACAAAUAAGCUUCCACUGAUGGUUAUCGGCAAAUCGGCAAAACCACGCUGUUUUAAGAACAUGAACUCUCUCCCUGUUUUUUACAGAAAUCAAAAGAAAGCUUGGAUGGAUCGUGCCUUGUUCAAAGAAUGGUUUGACAAGCAAUUUGUGCCAAAAGUAAAGGCGUUUAACAAAGAAAAUGGAUUGCCUUCUCGUGCUUUGUUACUUAUAGACAAUGCUCCGUCACAUCCAGAAGAAAUGCAACUUGUUUGCGAUGAUAUCAAGGCUAUUUUUCACCCACCAAAUGUCACAUCAAUUUUGCAGCCAAUGGACCAAGGGGUUUUGCAGGCUUUGAAACAGAAUUAUAGAAAAAUGCUUCUUCGUAGCCUACUUGAAGAUAAUGAAGAGCUAACAAUUUUGGAUAAACUCAUGAAAAUGAACAUCAAAGAUGUUAUUUACUGGGUUGCUGAAGCUUGGGAAAACACAUGCAAGGAAUCCUUACAGAAGUCUUGGAAAAAUCUCUGGCCUGAGCUAGAGUUUGUCCAAACAGUUUUCCCCCCGACAAAAGAAAAUUGCGAACUUCUUCAAUUGGUGAAAAGAAUGCCAGGUUGUGAAAAUGCAGAAGAAGAGUGCGUGGAAGAGUGGACGGCCGUUGACGACUGUGGCCAUGAAGAAUACACAGAUGAGGACAUUGUGGCAGCUGUGCAGGGAACGUCAGCUGAUCUCGACGCAGACGACAGUGAGGAGGAAGGGGACGUGCCGACUGAUGUUGUUCCACACACUGCCGCAGCCAGUGCCCUUGAUCUCGCUUUGCGUUACGUUGAGCAACACGCCGAUGCAACCCCAACAGAUGUUAUGUUUAUGCGGCAUUGGCGAAACAUUGCUUCUUCAAGCCGUUUUAGUUCGUUGCGUCAGAAGGAGAUCACUGACUUUAUCUCUUAG